CGGGCGGGGAGUGUCGGGCAGGCCGGGCAUGGCGUCCAUGGCGGCGGCGAUCGCGGCCUCGCGCUCGGCCGUCAUGAGUGGGAACCGGCCUCUGGACGACAGGGAGCGGAAGCGCUUCACCUACUUCUCGUCGCUGAGCCCCAUGGCCAGGAAGAUCAUGCUGGACAAGGAGAAGAUCCGGGAGAAGUACGGGCCCGAGUGGGCGCGGCUGCCGCCCGCGCAGCAGGACGAGAUCAUCGACCGGUGCCUGGUGGCGCCGAGCGCCCCGGCGCCCCACGACCCCGGGGACCCCGAGGAGCUGGCGCGCUUCCCCGGCCUGCGCGGGCCCACGGGCCAGAAGGUGGUGCGCUUCGGGGACGAGGACAUAACUUGGCAAGAUGAACACUCUGCCCCUUUCUCCUGGGAAACGAGGAGUCAGAUGGAGUUCAGCGUCUCCUCCUUAUCCAUCCAAGAACCGAGCUGCAGCACUGCCACCGAGCCCAGGCCACCGUCCAAAGCUCCUCAGGGCUCGCAGGCCCUCCGACCGUCCCAGGGCAGCAAGUCCUCCAGCCUGGAUGCUCUGGGUCCUGCCGCCCGGAAGGAGGAGGAAGCGUCCUUCUGGAAGAUCAAUGCGGAGCGGUCCCGGGGGGAGGGCCCUGAGGCCGAGUUCCAGUCCCUGACCCCCAGCCAGAUCAAGUCUAUGGAGAAAGGGGAAAAGGUCUUGCCUGUCUGUUACCGGCCGGAGCCCGCCCCGAAGGCCAGGGAGGCCAAGGUGGAAAAGUCCAGCAGCCUCCGCCAGGAGCAGUGGGUCCUGCCCAGCAUCAGCGUGGAGCGAGAGAGACCCCAGCCCGCCCAGGCCUGCACCAGCCCGCUGAGCGAAGCCGCCGCCGCCACCUCCGAGCCCGUGGGGGACACGGAGGGUGCCCUGUUCUCGGAACCCGUGCCUGUACAGGUCAGCUCAAGUAAUGUCAUCUUGAAGACAGGAUUUGAUUUUCUGGACAAUUGGUAAAAUGUGUUGGACAGAACAAACCAAUAAUCCCCAAAUGUUUUCCAAAGUGGUGUGGUGAAGGAGAAGAAGAAGGGCAGCGUUCCCCUGUGUCUUUUGCUAGUUUCUGUACACUCUUUUCUUAACCGUUUGGAAACUGGUAAAUAUUGCCUUGUCCAGCUUUCCAGAUUUUCCCCUUUUUGCUAAGACCAGAUACCUGUGCUAUUUUCAAUGAUUUGAUUAACAGAAGUUUUACAUUUGGAAUUUUUAAAAACUCUUAGGAAUUCAGUAAACCUUGUCAAUAAAAGUUCUGUUCUAGCUCCACCCAAUUUUCCCCCUCCUCAGAGAAAGAUUUUUCUCAACCCUGUCACAAAAAUCAUGAAGUGAUUUCCAUCUCCUCUCCUGUAUCCCCUCCCUUUUACAAAUGCCCGGGGCUCCUUUCAGUGGGUGGCUAUCCUCAGCAAUAAUGGUGCUGGGUGCUGGCUGUGCCCAUGGGGAGACCUGCCCCACGUGGCGGGAGAACCCCACGCCCCAGCUGUCCAGGCUUCCCUUGCUGAAGCCACACUUCUGCGUCAUGUGCCACCCUUCAUUCUCACGUCAUUUCCAGGAAACAGAUUGUCGGCACAUGGUGGAGGUCGUCUUUAAGCUGCCGUGGUACUUAUUCAAACUAUUCAUCAUUGUUUAUUAACGAGUUGCAUGUUUAAAAGUUUUGUAUUAACUUUACAUUAUUUUGUACCUAGAUGUAGCAGUUAUAGGGCUACCACUUUUCUUGGGUUUGUACCAGUUUCCCUUUGGAAGUUCUUUGCUACUUGUGUGACCUGUUGGGUGUUUCCUGUCCUGGGCACCUGCGGGCGUUGCUGGCAGACCAGCCUCUUCUGAUUAGUCGUGUUAGGACCUUCCAGCGUGAAGCUGGCAGGGGCACUGGUUGUCCUUCAUCCCAAGGACUGGUCAAGCUGCGUCACAGUGGACCCUCCCUCGACCCUGACCGCCAGCAGAAGCGGAGUCGAGUUUCUGCGUGGCCCGAGCGGCGCCCCCUGGAGACCUUCGUGGUCAUGGCAACAGCAUCUCCUGGAGGUGGACUCGGCUGCCCGCUUGACCUGUGGUCCCUGCUGCUGGGGAGGGGCGUUAGGGCAGCUCCGAGGCUGCCCAGGAGGACGGGGCGGGAUAGGGUGGGUGGGGAGCCGCUACCCAGCGGCCCCGGGUGGCGCGAGCCUGCAGUACGUGCCCGAGCGUGGUCUCCACGUUGCCUCUCACUGUGUUCUCCUCACCUGACGCCUUAAUCCCUGCGAGUCCUGCCAACGAGCACCUAGUUUCAGUAUCAAAGUGUGUCUUUUUAAGAUGCCUUUCUGUUUCAUAAGACCUUCUGGAAUGAUUUUUAGAAUAUUUUAUCUGGCUCCAAGGUAAAGCACAUGGCGACCUGUUUUUUCCAGGAAAGUUUCUGCCAAAGCUGUGGCCUAGCCAACUUUUGGUUUGGUUUCUGCCAAUUGCAUUCUGUCCCUAAACCUCAUUUGGCCCCUUGGGGUCUUGCAUUUGACCUUCCUCCUUUGGUGACUGACAGUAUUGUGGUGAAUACAUGUUCCUUCUGUACUGUUUAAGUAUAGUUGAAACAGUCAAGAGGAAAAAAGAUUCCUAGCACGGCGAUGAGGGGAAAACGAAAUCCCAGCUGGAAACACAUGGCCAGGUGCCAGCCCUGCAGGUCAGCCGCUGAGCCUCGGAGCCGGGCUCGACACCUGCCCUCACUUCCAGCUUUGAGGGCAGUGACCUUAGAACCCAUGCUUGCCAGCAGGGUCCCCGUAAGAAAAAAAGAUGUCUAGAAGGGAGUUUGCAUUCCUUGGUGUUGGUGUAGCAGGGAAGAAAGAUCUGCAUCCUGGGACCGUUAGCCCAAGGUGAUCUGUCUGUUCUUUUGGGAGAUGACUCUGAUUUCUUUUCCACUUUCUCAUAAGACCCAGUAUUCCCUUCAGGUUCUGGGAAUUGCCAUCCCCUGGGAACUGAGGGGCACGGGGACUAUUGAGAGCUUCCACCUUCUUUAACACCAUGUGGGGUCCAGUACCCAAUGGUAUUCAGUUAUCCGUAACAGUGUUUAAAGUUUCAUAGAGGUACAGCCUCCUGAGAUUAAAUGUAAAACCACAACUGGGGAAAUCCUAGAGGGAGUUCUAAAGUUGUGUUGCUUUGCUUUGCUUUCGGAAGUACAGAAGCGUGAGAGGGAGAGGUGAAGGCCUGGAGGACACGUGCUCAUGGGUCUCCAUCCUGCCUGACCCUGCAGAUUCUCCUCUUAACCCUGGGCAGCCUAUGCAAAGAUGAUUCCUUUCACUGUCCUCCUGGGAAUCUAUGUUUAGUGUGUCCAAGUAAAGGAAAAAUUAAACUCUUAUACAUUUUGCCCCCUUUUUUGCCAUGUAUCAAGAGGACGUUUCUAAAACCAGAAGUUUAUAGUUAUGAUUUUUAAAACGCACACUUUUCAGUUGAAGCCUGAUGUGGUUUUGCAUCCCCUCCCUCUGGCCGCCCUGUUGUCUGCCCCUGGGGUUCAGCACAAGGAUUCAGUGUCUUGCUUUGGGUGACCGUCAUUGGAAAAUCUCCACCAGGAGGCUAGAGACCAGUCUCAGUUCUUUCACCUGGGACCCCUCCCCUGCCCCCCGCCGCCCCUGCCCUCUGGGUUUGGGAGUGCCACCCGCUCUGGGAACAGCAGGGUGUGGCACCCAGCCGCACCCACCCCGUGGGUGUCACAGCAGCCUCCCUUUCUUUGAUAUAUGUUUUCAAAAAUGAAAACUUCUUACUGACUACUCAUAACUUGGUUGUAUUUUAUAUUAACAGCCUUUAAUAAAGCCAUUUAAAAUUUG